AUGAGUUCAGAAGUGAAAUUAGGGCAACAUCUCGUCGCGAGCAUGAGGGGGAGGAGAUACAUCGUUGCUUUAGACGACGUGCGGGAUACCGAGAUUUUGGCGCGGCUGAGGAGCUGGCUGCCGGAGCAGAACAACGGGAGCAUAGUGCUCGUGACGACCGGCAUGGCUGAAGUUACCGAAUUUGAUGAGAGUUUUUUCCUAUUUGAAAUUCUGGUGGUGUUGAAUGAGGCGAUCAACUGGAGGUGUAUUAAGGGGUUGAUUGAGAGCCGCGGCUGGGUGGUGACGGCGGCGUUUGAGGAGGCCGGGAAGAAGAUUGUGGGGAAUUGUGGAGGGUUCCGGAUUGUGGUGGCCAAGGUUAUGGUGGCGCUGCUAAGAUCGGAGAAGUCGCUUAACUUGUGGAACAAGCUAGCUCAGAUAAAGAUGAUCCCAUUUUCAAGGUUGAUGAUGAGAUAUUGGAGGUAA